UUAAAUCUAAAUAUUAUAUAUAAAUCUAAAUGUUAAAUCUAAAUGUUAAAUGUUAAAUCUAAAUGUUACGGGAAACUAAAUAUUUAGCUAAUAUGCAAAUUUAUUGUACGGGUCAACGGAAAUACCAAAAUAAAAGCUUCAAGAAAACCUCCCGCGCUAAAGUGUGCCGGUCGUGUUCAGGUUGUGUGUCUGCGCUCCUCUCACGGUCACUUUUCACUGCCAUGAGCUGCUUCACCUGUUCCCUACCAGCAUGUCCAGCGAUUUAGCUGAAAACAUUGGAAGAGCCGUUUUGUCGGCCAUCCAAGGAUUCAGCGGUAGUGCACCCUCAACCUCACAAACGCCACAGCACUUGGAAUCCAGCAAUGCACCUGGACCAAGUAGACCUGCCGUCUCCACUGGGAUACCGUACCGCUCGGUUCCUCUUCCAUCAGUUCCUCAAGCUCAUGCUACGCGCUCACAUUUUGUGAGGAAAAAACAAGACCUGCAAACACUAUACAAAAGAUGUCGUGUGCUUGCCCUUGUCUUCAGCAUCAACGUUUCUCAUACCGAGAGGAGAUUCAAGAGCAAAACUAGCACAAGAUGGCCUUAUUGGGAAGAUCUCCUUUACAUCUGACUGGCCUGAAGCACAACUUAGAGAAGAAAUAGCAGCAAUCUUCAGAAGAACAUUUGCACUGUCAACUGGCCAGACAUUCCCUUUUGAGUAUUUGCGUACAAUUAGAGGAUGUAAACGACUAAUGAAACCAAAUGUUUCUAGCAGUUUUCUUUGGGGUGGCCAAGAAGUUGGCUCGAUUUGUUCCUCCACCUGCCUCUAUAUAAUGGCAGGGAUACAAAAACCUGCACAGGAGGAACCAGAAGAGCUGUCUGAUAGUGACUUUGAAAGUCCAGUCUGCCGGAGAAGACGAGGUGAUUACAGCCAAGGAGGAAUAUGUGCUGACCUUGGGGGGCCAAGGCGGGAGUUUUUCCGUUUACUGGUGAAGGCCAUCUUUCAGGACAGUGGUGCUUUUGAAGCUACACCAAAUGGAUGCACACUGAAAUUUAACAUCCUACACUUGCAAAAUGGAGUAUAUCGAACCAUUGGCAGGAUGUUGUCCACGAUAAUAGUGCAAGGUGGAGAAGCACCAGCCUUUCUCUCUCCACAUGUAGUAGACUACAUUGUGUCAGGAGACAUUCUUCAAGUACACCUAACACCGGGUGAUAUAGGUGACCCUGAGUUGAGAGAGAAUCUGAAAAAGGUUGUAAAUGCAACAACUCAACAUGAUUUGGAGAAAGCAGUCAGCUGCUGCGACUCAUGGCGAUAUCAAGUUGAAGGUCUUCCACUCACAGUCACCAUGGCCAAUAAAGAUCUGUUUGUGAAAAAUGCAGCUCUAUACCUUGCAGUCCUGCAACGGCAAAGCUGUUUCGAUCAACUAACUGAUGGCUUGUCCUACUAUGGAAUUUCAUCACUCCUGAGAGAGAACCCCAGUUUGCAUGUUCUGCUUGACCUGUCGGGGGAGGACAAAGAUCUGACAGCCAGUUUAAUUGCUGGGGUUCUCAGGCCAAGCUAUUCUGUCCUUGGGAGCAACAGAAGAGUUAGAGAGGAGCUGAUGGUGGUCAAAUUUCGGGAAUUUCUCCAGUGUGUCGAAAAUAAAGAGCUGAGAGACGCACUUGGAGAAAGGACUCUUACCAAGGAUGAAGAGGCAUUUGUGAAGGCUUUGAGGCCUAGUCACAUCUUGGCUUUUGCCACCGGGAGCAGCAGCCAUAGGUUUUCAACCAGCUCCUAAAAUAACAUUCAUUCACGAUGAAAGCAAACAUCUCCCGAUUGCACACACAUGUGCAAAUGAGCUUCAGCUUUUUGUGAAUGAAACAACAAUGGCUGAUGAUGAUGCUUUUCAUUACUGCUUCUUAGUAGCACUCAUGAAUGGAGCUUUAUUCAGCACCAUCUAAACAUGUUCCAAAAAAGUGAAAUUAAAAUGGUGGGUUUGUUAACUCUAAUCCUGUUCAUUAAUUGUAGUUUCAAGUAACUUUGCUUCAUACAAGAUAGUUGAAAUAAUUUCUGACUGCAUUUAA